GGAAUCUCUUGGGAAGUCGUUUCUGUCCGUUUCCUUUCCUUAGAGUCUAUAUAAACCCCUCAUUCCUUCUUCUCUCUCACUCCAAUUCCUCCCUCUCUCUAAAUCAAACAAACAUUUUGAAGCAUGCCUCUCGCUUCCAAUCCCGUCGCCUUCCUCCCAUCCUCCACCGCCCACGGCGACCUUCCGGCGGCCGCCUUCUCUCGCUCCUCCGCCGGCUGUCUUCAACUUUGCAGACCACUUACUCCCACUUCUUCUCUUCAAUGCAAUGCAAUCUCCAGACCUCGUACAGAAGAGUACAUAGAUGUGAUUCAGAAUGGUUUGCCAGUGAUAAAGUGGCACGAGAUUGUGGAAGAUGACGCAGAAAAAGAUUCUCCCAAGGUGCGUUUAUCAAUUCUUUUUUGCUUCUCCUGUUCACACACAUACAUAUAUUUAGUAACUAUUUCUAUUUCUAUUUCUAAGGAUAAGGUCGGGGAGCUGCGCGACGCGGUCCGGUCGAUGCUGCGCUCCAUGGGCGACGGCGAGAUCAGCAUCUCGCCGUACGACACCGCCUGGGUGGCGCUGGUGGCGGACGCGGACGGGGACCGCCCCCAGUUCCCCUCCAGCCUCCACUGGAUCUCCACCAACCAGCUCGCCGACGGCUCCUGGGGCGAUCAUGCAACCUUCUCGAUUUUCGACAGGAUCAUCAACACGCUCGCCUGCGUCGUAGCCUUGACAUCUUGGGACCUACAUCCCGACAAAACCCACAAAGGGAUUUUAUUCAUCAAGAAGAAUAUACAUAGGCUGGAGGAAGAGAACGUGGAGCAUAUGCCGAUUGGAUUCGAGGUGGCGCUGCCAUCACUCAUUGAUAUAGCAAAGCAACUCCAAAUCGACAUCCCUAGUGACACAAGAGGGUUGAGAGAGAUCUACGCACGAAGAGAGAUAAAGCUCAAAAAGAUACCAAGCGACAUACUGCACCAAAUGCCCACAACAUUGCUGCAUAGCUUGGAAGGAAUGCCAGGCCUAAUGUGGCAAAAGCUUUUGAAAUUGCAAAGUGAAGAUGGCUCCUUUCUUUUCUCUCCUUCUUCCACUGCUUUUGCUCUCCAACAAACCAAAGAUCAUAAUUGCCUCAAAUAUUUGACCAACCACCUCAUCAAAUUUAAGGGGGGAGUUCCAAAUGUGUACCCUGUGGACUUGUUCGAGCAUCUAUGGGCAGUAGACAGGCUGCAAAGACUUGGAGUCUCACGUUAUUUUCAGCCAGAGAUCGAGGAAUGUGUCGCAUAUGUUUACAGGUACUGGACAGAAAAAGGGAUCUGCUGGGCGAGGAAUUCAGAAAUUCAGGACAUUGACGACACGGCCAUGGGAUUCAGGCUGCUGAGGUUGCAUGGAUACGAGGUUUCUGCCGAUGUGUUCAAACAUUUCGAGAGCGGUGGAGAGUUCUUCUGCUUCAAGGGGCAGUCGACGCAGGCGGUCACCGGAAUGUACAAUCUUUACAGAGCAGCUCAGUUGAUUUUCCCGGGAGAGAACAUUCUAGAAGAUGCAGCUACUUUCUCUGCUAAAUUCUUGCAACAAAAGAGAGCUAAUAAUGAGCUCUUGGAUAAGUGGAUCAUUACCAAAGACCUUCCCGGCGAGGUGGGAUAUGCACUAGAUGUUCCUUGGUACGCCAGCCUACCUCGUGUUGAAACAAGAUUUUAUCUAGAACAGUACGGCGGUGAAGAUGAUGUUUGGAUUGGCAAAACCUUAUACAGGAUGCCAUAUGUGAACAACAACAAAUAUCUGGAGCUGGCGAAACUGGACUAUAACAAUUGCCAGGCGUUACACCAACAAGAGUGGAAAGACAUCCAAAAAUGGUACCGAAAUUCCAGUUUGGGGGAGUUUGGGUUAAGUGAAGGAAGCCUUGUACAAGCAUACUACGUUGCUGCGGCGUCAAUUUUUGAGCCACAAAAAUCACAAGAGCGUCUCGCUUGGGCCAAGACCGCCAUUUUAAUGCAAACUAUUACGUCGCAUUUCCACCACUCGGCCGAGCAAAAGCGUGUUUUCCUCCACGAAUUCCAACACGCCACCGGAGGAAGGUACAAGACAACAAGGACUUUGGUGGGGACAUUACUCAGAACCCUAAAUCAGCUUUCAUUGGAUAUAUUGUUGGCACACGGCUGCCACAUUCAUCAACCGUUGAAAAAUGCAUGGCACAAGUGGAUCAAGACUUGGGAAGGAGGCGGCGGCGGAGCUGAGCUAUUGGUGCAGACGCUAAACCUAUGCGGCGGGGGGAGGCGCAACCGUUGGGAGUCGGAGGAGCUACUUUCGUCGCAUCCCAAAUACGAGCAGCUGUUGAAGGCCACCGUUGGUGUCUGUGAUAAGCUUCGUCGGUUUCAACACCGAAAGGAUUGCAAUGGAUGCAUGGGUAGCGACGGAGGGAUUAGAACGUUGGACAUAGAAGCGGAGAUGCAAGAAUUAGUGAAAUUAGUUGUGACAAAAUCCCCAGGUGAUUUAGAUUCCGAAAUUAAGCAAAACUUUUUUAUGAUUGCUAGAAGUUACUAUUACGCAGCUUAUUGUAAUCCAGGAACUAUCAAUUUCCAUAUUGCAAAAGUACUCUUUGAAAGAGUACAAUGACCAUGUA